GACUAUUUAGAUCGGGAAAAUGGAUGGGAUAAUCCGUUUAAAAAGUGACGGAUAGUUAUUUUUUAAACAGAUUAUCCGUUUAUUUCCGCAUCACAUUCCAAUCUAAAUAAUCAGAAAUAUCCGUUUGUUAGUUUUUAAAUGGGAUAAUCCGAUCGUUAUUCUCCGAACAUUUUUCUCAGCGUACUUACGUAGUGAAAAUCCAAUGUUUCGCGAACUAUUUUAUAUACUACGUCGGAGGGUAUGUGGCAUUAUUAUCAGAUUACGGAUAAUAAACUUUGAUGUUUCGUCGAUCAACCUUUGGCUGUUAAUCAUGCUGACCCAGACACUUGCAAGAUAAUGCAAGUUAUGUGUUUAGUAUCGAGGUCAAGGGAUGCCUCUCAAGUCCGGUUAGUCUUCUAACAGCUUGUAUCCGAGACUCACGUGCGUGUUUCUACAUCCAUUUAUCGUCUUUAAUUUUUUCCCUCCGUAACCGUUUUGCGACCCGUCGAAGCUUCCGAUUAAAUUUCACCGCGGAAUAAAGUGGAAGCGAGUGCAUUGGUGUAUUAACGACAGUGAUAAAAACUUAGAAAAAAGUAUACGAAAAGACGGAGCGAGAAAUGUGCGAGAAGUAUAAACAACGGCCUUCUCCAUCAAAGAUCGUUAAAUUAAAUGCUGGAUAAAUAGUGCUCGUGUGUUUAUAGUUUUCGUGAUCCUGUGUUUAUGAAGAAACAAUUGUGCAAUUUUACGUGCAAGGCAUUUUAGAUACACAAUGUAAGAAAGAAAACGUGGCAAAAAUAAUUGUAUCGUUUCGAUACUUGCGAAGAAGAUGGAAAUUGAUAUGUAAGAGAAAGAAAGAGAGAAAGAGUCAGCGUUAAUACUCGAAGAGAGGUAUUGCGUCCAAAUAUGGAAGACAAAAAAAUAAGAGACGAGAGGACCGAAGUGAGAAGAAUAAAUAAAGGGAGAAAAGCAAAUUAAAGAGAAGCCAAGAAAGCAAACAGUACCGUGUGAUUUUUACGACAGUUUAUAUGUCCACAAAAUGCAUACGGUGUACACUCCGCCUGCGGCCUAAUCUCAAGACUUAUAGAAGGCAAGCGAAGAGAAACUACGCGGGUGGUCCACUUUACGGUUGUAAUUGCGCUCUUACAACGAUUUAUUCGCCAUCUAUUUUCGGCAUUUCAAUAAAAGCAAUAAUCCGCAGUCUUGCCUCCUUCAUGAUGAAACGGAAGUUUGAACUCGACAAAUUGACUCGCAAGUAAAAUUAAAAUUCCCAUCGUCAAGGUGCGAGGAAAAUGUAAAUUCGUGCGAAAGAUUAUACUUUUACUCGUUAUUAAAAUGUUCAAAUGCGCAAGAAUAUACCGGGUUAACAUCGUGCCCGUCGCAGUUGGUUCAAAGGAUUUCCAGUAGAGUCGAGAUUGCUUUGUGCAAAAAUAGAGUCAGCUCGUUGGCGGAAGAAAACGACGAAGAGGACGACGAAAGGACACGGAGGCGUGAGGAAUUGCCAGACGACUCGUGCAAAGUCACUCCCCCGGUCUAUAUCUGUUUAACAUGCCGCUGAUGCUCAAAAUGAUCGAUCUGUUCGGCUCGAUUCGAUCGCUCUUCAAGGUGCACAGGAUCGCCGAGGACUCGAUGAUAUUUCGGUUGCAUUAUCGCGCCACGGUGGCGUUGCUGCUGACCGGUUGCCUCACCCUCGCUUGCAAAAGUAUCUCCGGCUCGCCGAUACACUGCGAAGCCACCGUGGCCGUGGACAAGGUCGUCCUGGAGUCCUUCUGCUGGCUUCACACCACGUACAGCGUGGUACGCGCGUUCAACCUGAGCAUCGGCCAGGCCGUGCCUUACCCCGGGGUGUCGAACACGAAGGGCGAGGGAGGGCAUGGCCAUACACCCCACCCGUUGAUCAAGCAGCACAAAUACUAUCAGUGGGUUAUCUUCCUCUUGCUACUGCAAGUAAGAAGCGACGGCCUUUUCUCACCUUUCGUAUUUAGCUCUAGCGAUCUUGCCUUACACCCACCUUUCUUAUUCUUCAUUUCUUUAGCUCUUUCUUUAUUUUUAUAUCACAUUUUUAUAUUAUAUUUUAUUCAAUUAUUAUAUUUUAUCUUGUCGCUAUGCUCGUCUCCGUGAUAAAUGUGUCAACAACUUUAGAUUAGA